AUGGGCCCGCGCAGCCGCAGUCGCGGGAGAGGGAAGGCCCGUUGUUGUGCGCAACAUGGAGUCGCGUGUGGUGCCGAGCGACCUGUACCCGCAGAUUUACAGCUUUCUGCUGCAGAACAAGUUCGACAAAGCCGCCAAGCUGUUCCUGAAACAGUCGAACGUGAAAGUUCCAGAUCUAAAGUCACCAUCUCUUGUGGAGAUCUUUGACUUCUGGGUGAAGUCAUCUGAUGUAGCAAAGAAAAGGAAGCCUGUACUCAAUGGUCCUGCUGCAAAAAAGGCAAAGAAAGAUGAAACUUCCAGUAGCUCUGACAGCUCAGACAGUUCUGAUGAAGAAAGCAGUACAAAGAAACCAGUGAGCAAGCUGCUAACACCCACAGUAACCAAACCUGCAGCUAAAAAGGCUGCUCCAAAGAAGGAAAGUAGCAGCAGCGAAGAUUCAAGUUCUUCGGAUUCUGAGGAAGAAAAGAAACCUGCACAGAAGACCACCUCUGCUAAAAAUCCAUCAACUAAAGCACUUGCAGUCAGCAAGCCAGCUGCCAGAAAGAAAGAUGAAAGUUCCAGCAGUGAAGAUUCGGACAGCUCAGAGGAAUGGAAAACUCCUGCAAAAGCCCCUGUGAAACCUGCUGCAAAAGUUCCUGUGAAACCAGCUUUAAAAACUGCGAACCAAGCAGCCGAGGAGAGUAGUGACGAUGAUUCCAGUGACGACUCUACUGACUCUGACUCUGCGAUGAAGGCACCUGCACAAAAAAUAAUGCCCAAGGCAGCUGUGCCUGCCAAGCCUGCGUCAGCUUCAGGAAAAGUGAAGAAUGCAAAACCUGUGACCCCUGCUAAAGCGGUAGCAGCCAAUGCAAAGAAGAGCUCAAGCAGUGAAGAGGAGUCUGACAGCUCAGAUGAUGAGGCACCGGCUGUAAAAACAAAAGCAAAGCCAGGUGCUUACAAUGCAGUACCACCUCCCACACAGCAGAACAAGAAGGCAGCUGCAGGCAAGAAGACACCACCAGCAAGUGUAGUCAAAAAGGCACCAGCAGCAGUUGUAAGCAAGAAGACACCAGUGACACCUGCUAAAAAGGAAAGCAGCGACUCGUCGGAUGACAGCUCAGACAGCAGCACUGAUAAGGCACUCAUGAAACCAGCUACAAAAAUUACACCAGCGAAGCCUGCUCCUGCGCUACCUACAAAAGCAGCUGCUGCUCAGAAAACUGCAGCUAAGGAAGCAGAUUCUAGUUCUGACAGCGAGUCCGAUUCUGAAAGUUCUGAAGAAGAACCCAAAGCAAAGAUUACGGCAAAGGCUACACCAAAACCAGCCACAAAGCCCAAACCAAAGCCAGACAUGAAGCCCACAUCAAAACCAGCUGGAAAGUCUCUGGCUCAAGCAAAGAAAGCAGAGAGCAGUUCAGAAACUGACAGCUCUAGUGAUUCUGAUGAAAAGAGUGCGGCUGCUCCAGCCAUCCGUCCAGCUGCUAUAUCAGCUGCUGUGCGUGUAAAACCAGGGAAGCAAAAUACUCCAGUGGCUAAGGCUGCUGCUGACGACAGCAGCUCAGAUUCCGAUGACUCCAGCAGUGAGGAGGAGGUGAAACAUACAGCAAAGGUGCAGACUCCUACCAAAGGAAAGUCUCCUGCGACAGCUAAAACCAAAUCCCCGGCAGUGACAGCUAAAACCAAAUCCCCGGCGGUAACUGGAAAAGGCAAAUCACCAGUGACUGGAAAAGCAAAACUCCUGGCCGUGGCCAAUAAAAAUGAAACUAGCAGCUCUGAAGAAACUUCAAGUGAUGAUGAGCCUCAACUGAAAACUCAGGUUGGACAACUGAAGAAAGUGGUUACUGCUCUGUCUCCAAAAACUGCAAACACUGCAGCCAAGAAAGCUAAAAGCAGCAGCAGCAGCUCGGAAAGUUCAGAGUCAGAGGAAGAGAGCUCAAAAGGAAAACCAAAUGAUGUGAGAACACCACCGUUGAUAUCAGCCAAGAAGACAGCAGAGAGCAGCUCUGAAGAUAGCUCCUCUGAAGACGAUGAGAAAAACAACACCAAGUCUGUAAAUGGUACAGUAAAUACUAAGAGGAAAAGGGAAAGCUCCUCCUCAUCUUCAUCUGAAUCAGAGGAUGGAAAAGGUGGUUCGACCGCAGCAAAUCAAAAACUGCAAGUGAAAACGCCAAACACUGUACCGAAAACAAAAAAGAAAACCUUACAGUCCAUGUUGACACCUGGAGUUAAGAGCCCUCAACCUAAUACUCCUUUCCGUAGAGUAAGAGAAGAUGAAAUUGAAAUUGAUCCACGCCUUUCAAAUAAUUCAUUCACUGCAAAGAAAGGAGCAUCAGGAGACUGGGGCGAAAAGGCCAAUCACGAUUUAAAAUUCACAAAAGGAAAAUCCUUCAGACACGAAAAGACUAAGAAAAAGCGUGGGAACUAUCGGGGCGGGGCCAUCAAUAUGUCUGUGAAUUCCAUCAAAUUCGACAGUGACUGAGUGGAAACUGUGUAACACUCUAUUGUAAAAUUAUAGAAUUUAAAUCUUUAUAUAUGGUUAAUUCUUGGAGUGUAUAGUUCCAGUAUCUUUUUUAAAAUCCUUCAUUAAUCCUCUGGAAGUCAGACCGCUCUUUCCAGGGGAUAUUGCUCAUAUUUAAAAUGAAGUUUGUUUUCUUUUGAUGGAAAUGUUUGUUUUAAGUGAGAUGUUAACUUCAUCCCUAACAGUAAACGUCAAAACAAACGCCAGAAAUGUAGCUUUUUAAAAAGGGAACUGGCAAUAAUAUGAUCCUUUUUUUGAGUGUCAGCAUUGUACUGUUGUUCUUUAUUAGAUUUGAGGAGCAAAAAUUAUGGAAAUUUCCUGUGUAGAAGUAACAUUUAAUAAACCAUGUCUGAGCUAAGUUUUUAAUAAAAGACCUUUGCCUUUCA